AUGCUGUGGCUGGCACUUGUAGAGAGAAAAAACAUGAGAUACCAGCUGUUUUUGUUCUCGAUCGACCUUAUAAAAUCAGUAUGGAUCUAAAUUAAAUAGUGUCGUUCAUUACAUCCCGGUAGUGACCAUUUCUUAACAGUGAUUAUGUAAUUUACUUCGAAAUUGGUGUAAAGUAAAAGUAGAUGAGUCUGAGAAUUUGUCACAAAUGAUAUAUGGACUGCGUUUUGCGAUUUAUUACGUCUUAUUUAUGGUACAUGCGAUGUGUUUAAAUUAGGCCAACAGGCGAGGCCAAUAGAUCGCUGCUUCUGUAUCCGGGGGACACAUUAAAACGAUUAUUGUGUGAGAGUAUCAUUGAGUGUGAGUCAGCGUGGUUCGGACCGCGUCGUAAGGUGUGGUAGUACGCGUUUAUGGUGCUAGAAACGGUCGCGUCGGUAUCUGCUGAAGGCACAUUAGUGGAUGCGGAAGCAGCGGAGUAGCGCUCGCUCGGGUAUGGUGCCGGGCAGGUAGCGCGCGCGGGCGGCCUGCGCAGGCCCAGAACAGCAGCCGCGAGUUUCCCCAGCGUCGUCUAUGGCCGAGCAACACAUCUCACCGUCGUCGUCACACUCUGCACUCUCGAGAGAGUCCACAAGGUCUUCUCAAAGCAGGGUGGUGGGCGGUCGGUCGUUGCGUCUAGAGCGUCGGGCCCAGAGACGCAGCGUGACGUCGCCCCUGCCGCGUCCUCCUAGCCGACACUCGUCGGGCCGCGCCUCCCACGCCGACUCCCAGGUCCGCGGCGAGCUGCGCCGGAGCUCCCGGCUAGUUAGCGCUCUUCCGAGGUCUGACUAUUCCAUCAGUGAGCGUUGGUCGUACGGAACCGACAUAUACGAGACACGAUACAACACAUCCGACUUGAGAGCCGGAGAGGACACCGGCAAGCCAUCCACCAGCGGCCAUAACAAACGUGUCAGACCGUCUUCACAUGAGAGGAAGAAGCAGAAGACCCACUCUGGAUUAAGUAACAGUGCUUCUGAAGAGUGUAUCGCACAUUGUACUCGCUCACGGACUAGCGUGAAGCCGAGCGAGAGUGUUUGUGCUCAGGCGCCCUACAGUUUGAAACCAGUAUCGGUGACUCAAAUCCCAUUGAAUCACAAUUCUACUGGGUAUUCCACCGAUGCCCAGGCCCCUGUAAAUAAUCCAGACAGUGGUUUGUUGCCAUUAGACGAGAGAGACUUUGCAUAUUCCCCAUUUAGCUCUUCCACUGUUACUGAUAUACUAGACUCUGAUUAUUCCGUUUAUAGUCCAAAAGCGAGCCGCAACAAAGGAAAGAAAAGGAAGAGGUCUUCAUCGAGUAAGAAGAGCAGUGAUGUUCUGAUCUCUAAACGGACUAAGACUGGCAAUCAGUUUACGGAGGCUGCUGAGGAAUCGAAAUACACUGAUAGAGAGGGAUCCUUGUUAAGGAAGCCAGCCAGCCGAUAUUCCUUGAGACAUACUUAUCCUCGCCCAACCGAUCAACUAGCGCCACCACCAAGGGCUUCCAGCACAGUUACGUUGUGCAAAGUAACUGAGCGAAAGAGCGCUACAGACACUCGUGAACGACCUCAGACACCUCCACUCCCAGCUGAAUUUCAAGAAGCAAGUACAUCAAAAACACGCAGCUCUAAUAGCAAGCUUCUUAUUGUUCCCCGCGAUCUACCGUAUCUACGGCAGACUAACGCCCGAAGGAGCAUCGCAGCUGCAACGGGCGCUACCCUGGGUGCGUGUCUGACGAAGAGGAGCAACACAUCUCAGCAUCACAGCCAGGACACAUCUGCCAAGAGACAGGUGCCGGGAAGCGAGGGCGCGGGCGGCAGCGCGGAGGGCAGCAGGCGGGCGCGGGCUCGCGACAUGCCACAGCCGCAGCCGGCGUCCACGCGACGAGACAAGCGAGGGAAAAGCAGUCUGGGUUCCUGCGCGAGUACCGGUGGUGCGUCGAGCCGCUCCCACCCGCAACCCUUAACCACGGGUGCCGCCGCAUCCACAUCGAAUACGCCGCCGCCAUCUGCUUCAGCGGCUUCGAUGCCUAAUAACGCAUCGGAGGAUGCUAAACCUAAAAGCAAAGCGUCGUGUUCAGCUGAAGAAUGUGCGAGCGGCGGUGUCGGCGGCGGUGGGGCGCCGGGGGCGAGCGGCGGCGCGGCGGCGGCGGCGGCGGCGGCCGCGGCAGCGGCGGCCGCGGCAGCCGAGGAGUCCUCCUCCGAGGAGGGCGAAGUGGGCCGCCUGCAGGCGCUGCUGGAGGCGCGCGGCCUGCCGCCGCAUCUGCUCGGCGCGCUAGGGCCGCGCAUGCAACAUCUCUUGCAUAGGACUGUCACCGCUAAUUCAGCGGCAUCAAAGGCGGCGCAGCUGCUCGCAGGGCUGCAGGCGACCGGCGACGAGGGCCAGCAGCUGCAGGCCGUGAUCGAGAUGUGCCAGCUGCUGGUCAUGGGCAACGAGGACACGCUCGCCGGCUUCCCCGUGCGCCAGGUCGUGCCUGCGCUCGUCAACCUGCUCGCUGCCGAACACAACUUCGACAUGAUGAACCACGCGUGUCGCGCGCUCACGUACAUGCUUGAGGCCCUACCGCGCAGUAGCGGCGCCGUGGCGCUGGCCGUGCCCACCUUCCUGGACAAGCUGCAAGCCAUCACCUGCAUGGACGUGGCCGAGCAGAGCCUCACCGCGCUGGACAUGCUCUCCCGCCGACACUCCAAGGCCAUCCUGCAGGCGCGCGGAGUUUCGGCGUGCCUGACGUACCUGGACUUCUUCUCUAUCAACGCCCAACGAGCUGCGCUCUCCAUAACGGCCAAUUGCUGCCAGAAUCUUACCCCCGAUGAAUUCCAUCUCGUCAGGGAUUCGCUGCAGUUGCUUGCUAACAGAUUAACCCAACAAGACAAGAAAUCAGUGGAAUGCGUCUGCCUCGCGUUCUCGCGGCUGGUGGACAGCUUCCAGCAGGACCCGACGCGCCUGCAGGAGAUCGCCACGCCGGACCUGCUCACCAACCUGCAACAACUUCUGGUAGUGGUGCCGGCGCUGAUCUCGGGCAACACGUUCAUCACGGUGCUGCGGCUGCUGUGGGUGAUGUGCGCCGCGUGUCCGCAGCUCGCGCUCGCGCUACACCAGCGCUCCAUCGCCGACACGCUGCUGUGUCUGCUCACCGGCUCGGCGCUGCACCAGGAGCAAGUGGAGCUGCUGCCGCGCUCGCCGCAGGAGCUGUACGAGAUCACGUGCCUGAUCGGUGAGCUGAUGCCGCGCCUGCCCACCGACGGCAUCUUCGCCGUCGACCAGCACCUCGACCGGCCCUGGUCCGCGCCCACCGAGCGCGCCGCGCACUGGCAGUGGCGCGACGACAGAGGUUUAUGGCGAUCGUACUCUUGGGCUGAGUCGCGCGCGCUGGAAGCGGGCGCGACGGCUGGCGAGGAGGAGGUGUGCCUGACGACCUUGGGCCGCUCGUACACCGUGGACCUGACGGCCAUGCAGCAGCUCAACGACCACACCGGCACGGCGCGCCCCGUGCAGCGCGUGGCGCCCGCGCCCGCGCAGCCCGACCAGGCCAACCCCGCCAAUGCUGCGCCAGAUCCUCGCAUCGCCAUGGUGCGCUGCAACUCGGGGCUGGCGCGCGCGCUGCUGGCGGUGCUACACGAGGUGUAUUGGAGCUCGGCGGGGCCCGCCGUGCGCUCGCAGGCGCUCAAGGCCAUCCUGCGCUGCGUCUACUACGCUGACGCAACGCUGCUCCGACAAGUGCUCAAGAUGCAGGUGAUAUCAUCGCACAUCGCGGGUAUGAUGGCGUCGACGGACCUGCGCAUCGUGGUGGGGUCGCUGCAGCUGGCCGAGAUCCUGAUGCAGCGGCUGCCUGAGGAGAUGGGCGCGCAGUUCCGCCGCGAGGGCGUGCUACACCAGGUGGCGCAGCUGGCAGAACGCACACCCCCAUCUAAUGCGCCCAACCAGGCCCGCCAGCCCAAGCUUAAGUCCCCGGCGGCGAGCGCGCGCUCCAGUGCCGGCUCGUCCCCGCCGGCCUCGUCCUCCAACACGUCUCUCGGCCACAAUCUGUCGAUGGCCUUCUCUGCUUCCGGGUCAUUCAUCAAUUCUUCCAUGCCGCCCCUUGGCAUCGAGGGCAGCGGGCCCGAGCCCGGGACCGCAGCGUCCGCCGCGCAGCCGCAAGCGCCUGCCGCAACGCACAGGUCAGUUGUGUUGCCCUUCUCGACAAUAUUCGACAGGUCUGCGAGCCCGCUGCAGCUGGCCGAGAUGCUGAAGCGCAAGCGCGCGGUGAAGCGGUCGGGCGGCGCGCCCGCGCGGCACGCCCGCCGCCGCGACGACGCCGCCGCGCACAGCUCGCACGCCGCGCCGCCGCACCACUCGCACCAGCUGCAUCAUCAUCCACACCACACUGCGCCCGCUCACAGCUCUACCGCGGCAGCGUCGUCGCGCUCUACGAGCCGCGUGGGCGCAUCGAAGACGUCGUCGUUCCUGUCGUCGCUAAACCCCUCGCGCUGGGGCCGCACGCCGCACUCGCACAAGGACACCGGCCUGCUCGUCUCGCCGCACUCCUCCGCUAACCUCACUCAUCAGAACAAAGAGAAAGUCCGCGAGUGGAUCCAGUGGACGGCAGCGCGGCUGGUGCGCGAGUGGGGUGCGCUGGGCGGCGGCGGCGGCGCGCUGGACCAGCUGGCCGUGCUGGCCGGCGCGCUGCCGCACGCGCCCUCUCCGCAGCGCCGCGCCGCGCUCGAGCAGCUGCGCGACACGCUCAUGCAGCACGACGUAUCGCCCUUCGAGGUGAACCACUCCGGCGUACUGGGCGCCCUGCUGCAGUUCCUGACGGGGCUGGACGACGCCACGGUGGCGGGCGCGCGCGACUGCGACCGCGACGGCGACUGCGAGGGCGAGGGCGAGGGCCGCGACGCCGACCAGGUGGCCGCCUGCGAGGAGCGCCUGCGCCUCUUCCUGCACGUGUUCGCCGACAUGCCGCUGGUGUCCGACAUCAGCGAGUGGUCGGAGAGCGGCGCGCUCCUGGGCGGUGGUGGUGGUGGUGGCGGCGCGCUGGCCGCGCUGGUGGCCAAGGUGAACGCGUGCGUGUCCCACCUGGAGCAGUUCCCCGUGCGCGUGCACGACUUGCCCGCGCGCCCCGCCACCUCCGCGCUCAAGUUCUUCAACACGCAUCAGCUCAUGUGUGAUCUCAAACGCCACCCAAGUUGUACUAAUCUCAAGCAAUGGAAAGGCGGUGUCGUACGGAUAGAUCCGCUUGCCUUAGUUCAAGCGAUAGAAAGAUAUCUAGCACAGCGCGGCUACGCGAGCGCGCGGUCGCGCGACGGCUCGACGGCGGCCGCGCAGUCGGACGACGACGCUGGCUCCGAGGACGACGUGGAGGACUCGCUCGCCACGCCUCCCAUACACCAGCCCACUGACACCGACCACAAGCUGGAGUUCCUGAUCGGCGACGCGGUGCUGCCCUACAACAUGACGGUGUACCAGGCCGUGCGGCAGUUCGGCGAACACACGGACGCCGACACAGACACAGAAACUCCGCUCGCGAAUGCGGGCAUCUGGGUGCAAACGCACACGAUCUACUACCGCGCGGUGGAGGGCAGCGAGCCGCCGCGCGUCGACACCGCCGCCUCGCGCAAGGGCAAGGGCCAGCCCACCAAGCUCUCGUCCCGUCGCAAGCCGGACGUUCUGUGGAACGAUGGAGUAGUGCCAGCACGCGAGUCGCCACUAGUGAUGAUCCUGCGGUCGCCGCUGCUGGCGGGUGGUGGCGGCGGCGGCGGCGGCGGCGGCGGCGGCGGCGGCGGCGGUGGCGGUGGCGGAGGCGGUGGCGGCGGCGGUGGCGGCAGCGGCGGCGAGCGCGAGGUGAAGGACGCGGCGCUGCCGGCGCUGGCGCUGCUGCGCGCGCUGCACGCGUUGUCGCGCCACUGGCCGUCGCUGUACCGCGCCGCCUGCCUGCCCGACCACCGUCCGCUAGUGCCUAAUGCUGACUUCAUAAAUGCCAAGCUUGCUGCCAAAGCCAACAGACAACUUCAAGACCCCUUAGUUAUAAUGACCGGAAACCUUCCGCCCUGGUUGAAAAAGAUUGCAUAUGCGUGCCCAUUCAUAUUUCCGUUCGAAUGUCGUCACUUAUUGUUCUACGUGUUGUCAUUCGACCGCGACCGCGCACUGCAGAGGCUAAUCGAAGCGGGCGGCGAGCGCGGCGGCGCGGCGGCGGCGGGCGGCGCGGGCGCCGACACGGAGCGCGUGGCGCCGCGUCUCGACCGCCGCAAGCGCACCGUGCAACGGCAGAAUGUUUUACGCCAAGCCGAACACGUUAUGCACGAGUUCGCACACUCCAAAGCGCUGCUUGAAAUUCAAUACGAAAACGAAGUGGGCACCGGACUCGGCCCGACUCUCGAAUUCUACGCGCUCGUCUCACAAGAGCUCCAGCGCGCUGAUCUUGACCUCUGGCACGGGAGCGAAAACUUUAAGCAGAAACCGCACUCUUUCGGCGGUGAAAUAGUGAAGAGUCAACCGCCUAUGGUGACCGACCGGUCGUCCGCCGAAGUGGCGGCGCGCCUGGCGUCGUCCGUGCGCGACGCCCUCAGCUUGAACGAGGAGCGGUCGGCGGAGCCCUCGGAGCUGGAGAAGGAGACGUCGAUCCCGUCGCCGGCGCCCGACGCGACCUUCGUGUCGUGGCCGUGCGGCCUCUUCCCUCAGGCCAUCGGCCGGAAUGCGCGCGCAUCGCAUCUCUCCCGCGUCAAGGCCAAAUUCCGCUUUCUGGGCAAAUUCAUGGCUAAAGCUGUAAUGGAUUCACGAAUGGUGGAUAUCCCUCUGUCGGUGUCGAUGUACCGUUGGGUGGUGGGCGAGGAGCGGUGGCUGAGCCUGAGCGACGUGCGGCACGUGGCGCCCGAGCUGUGGCGCUCGCUGUGCCGCCUGCGCCGCGUGGCCGAGCGCGCCACGCUCGUCAACGAGGACGACUCGCACACGCCCGAACAUAAACAACACUUGAUCAGCAGUUUGGAGUUGGACGGGUGCCCGAUUGAGGAGCUGGGGCUGGACUUCAUCCUGCCGGGCGACGGCUGCACGGAGCUGCGGCGCGGCGGCCGCGACCUGCCCGUCACCGCGCACAACCUCCACGACUACAUCACGCUCGUCACGCACUGGUUGCUCUAUGAAGGCGUGAUUCGUCAACUGGAAGCAUUCAAAGAAGGAUUCGAAUCAGUAUUCCCGUUAUGUAAUCUCAAAAUAUUCUAUCCAGAAGAGCUGGAACAAGUGUUCUGCGGAAGCCCGUCAGGCGGUCGCGAGGUGCGGUGGGAACCGCGCAUGCUGGCCGAGUGCAUCCGGCCUGACCACGGCUACACGGCCGAGUCGCGCGCCAUCCGCAUGCUCAUCGACAUCCUCGCCUCCUACAGCCGCGACGAGCAGCGCCUAUUCCUGCAAUUCGUCACGGGCAGCCCCCGUCUUCCCACUGGAGGUUUCAAGGCUCUGAAUCCGCCUCUGACGGUGGUACGCAAAUCACUGGAGUCGUCGCUGGACCCGGACGAGUACCUGCCGUCGGUGAUGACGUGUGUCAACUACCUGAAGCUGCCCGACUACAGCGACGCCGAGGUGAUGCGCGCCAAGCUGCGGCUGGCCGCCUCCGAGGGCCAGCACUCCUUCCACUUGUCCUAAACGUCCGCCUCCGCUCUCGACGUAUACGUUUCGCCUGAUAUCCGAUAGCCCUCCAGGCCUCCACGCUCAGCAGGCUGGUGGCUCGCGUGUUACUGUUUGCACCACUAAUUGGUACGGUGUGUGCGUCGCGUCACGCGUCACGCGCACAAUCCGGUUCAGGGCAUACAGCUUUUGUGCAAUCAGAGUGAUUUAUAUUUACCUUUCGUUACAGACACUAAAAGUGCUGUGCGGACAUUUAUUAUUAUCAUUUUGUUUUCUUUGAAUUCUUUUUUUACAAUUGAUAUAAUUAUACUAUAUUCUGUGUUAAAGUAAUGUGAUAGCUUUGUAUAUUUCUUUAUCGACACUAUAGAGAGACUAACGACUCUCGACAUAGUAGUAUAUGGAAGUGUGUGACGUGAUUCUGCGAGACAACUCUUGAUGAGACGAGUUGUCGGAAUGCGUGUGACGUGUCGCGGCAGCGGCGCGACCUCGCAGCGCCGCCGGCCACCGCGCCAUCCUCGCCGGAGACCGCGGCGCCUACCGCCACCGCCGCACUGUCUGUUAUAUCAUACUUAUAAAUAUAAUAAGCUCUAUUAUGUUUGAAGGACCUCUGGAUUUAUCCUUCAAGAAUCAAAAGUUAAAAUAGCAUUUAUUACCAAACGGUGUAUGUUUUCAUUAUCAUUUAAGUUUCAUUAAAGAGUAAAAGUGCAAAAUUUGAAUAUGUAACGAUUUCAAUAAAAGCAUGUAAACAUAUUGAAUCAA